CGAUGCCUUCUGCCCUGGGCUAACGUCCCACGUAGAGGUCGCAGCUUCAAAAGCGGCCUCAAACUGGAACCUUCCCACAGGAAACGCCAGCAGUAAAUAUUGACCUCAGGAUCAAUUAUUUAUUUUUCAGCAGCUGACUGCCCCAAUCAGAGAGAGCAAGCCGGGUCACAUGUGACAAAGCAGCUGUUCUCAGGAGCUCUCGUCAUCCCCAGGGGCGUAGAAACAGUCUUGCUGGCUCUAAAUUAAAAUGAUUCUUCUCAGGAUGGAGAAGAUGGUGAUAACGAUAUUGAUUAUGUCUGUUCUUGGAAUGAACUACUGGUCCUGUGCAGGUUUCCCGGUGUAUGACUAUGAGGUGACUUACGUGGCGGAAGCCCUCAACUUCUCAAUGGCGAAGGUGAAUUCCCGGUACCCGAGUCCGUAUCUGUUUCGGGCGUUCAGAAACUCCGUGAAACAAGUCGAUCUCCUGGAUGAUGGCAGCUUGAUUAUAGUGAUGGAAUUAAGCAUCAAAGAGACAACAUGCAGGAGAGACUCCGGAGAAGAUCCUGCCACCUGCGACUUCCGGAAGGGCUACCUUGCGCCAACAGCUGUUUGCAGAAGCUUGGCAUGGGUAUCGGCCCUGCAGGUGCAGGAAGUGCAGGUCCGCUGCUUCUGGUCCUCCAGCUCCGAGUCCAGUAGCAGCGAAGAGAUGUUUUUUGGGGACACAUUGGGAUCUUCUAAAUGGAGAAACAAUUAUCUACUUGACACCAUGAGAUACGGGAAUGGAAGGUACCCAAACCGUGGCUCAGAGCAAGAGUGAACUCUGGCUUUGAGUAACAGCCUUGAGCAAAAUGCAUUGAAAGGAAUAGAAGUUCCAGUGAAGAAAGAAGACACUUCAUGAGUUGUGUAAUCUUUCUUUUGAUUGGUUCCAGUCCUGAAUAAAUAAAUGUCUUUUUCCCUUUA